UUGAUGUCCAUCACUGUGUUAUGCGUCUCUGCCUGGAUGAGAGAUUACUUGAAUAAUGUUCUCACUUUAACUGCAGAAACAAGAGUGGAGGAGGCAGUUGUGUCCACUUAUUUUCCAGUUGUCCAUCCAGUCAUGAUUGCAGUUUGCUGUUUCCUCAUCAUUAUUGGAAUGCUGGGUUACUGUGGAACAGUGAAAAGAAACCUUCUCUUGCUUGUAUGGUAUUUUGGAAGUUUGCUCGUGAUAUUCUGCAUUGAACUGGCCUGUGGUGUUUGGACCUAUGAACAGGAAAUUACAGUCCCUGUACAGUGGUCAGAUAUGGUAACUUUAAAAGCCAGAAUGAUCAAUUAUGGCUUACCGCGUUAUCAUUGGCUGACCCACGCUUGGAAUUUCUUCCAGAGGGAGUUUAAAUGCUGUGGAGUGGUGUAUUUCACGGAUUGGCUGGAAAUGACAGAGAUGGAUUGGCCUCCUGAUUCCUGCUGUGUGAGGGAAUUCCCAGGAUGUUCUAAACAGGCACACCAUGAAGAUCUUAGUGACCUUUACCAGGAGGGUUGUGACAAAAAGAUGUACACAUUCCUGAGAGGAACUAAGCAGUUGCAGGUGCUUCGAUUUCUAGGAAUCUCCAUAGGGGUUACCCAAAUUUUGGCUAUGAUCCUUACAAUUACUUUGGUGUGGGCUCUGUAUUAUGACCGCCAGGAUCCACGCUCAGACCAAAUGCUGUCUUUGAGGAAGGAUGCCAGUCAACACCUGUCAUGUCAUUCCGUGGAGUUAUUAAAACCCAGCCUGACAAGGAUCCUUGAGCAUACCACAAUGGCAAACAGCUUUAACACACACUUUGAAAUGGAGGAACUAUAGUGCAAUCUGCUAGUCCGUGAUUUUUACAAUUUGAAUAUAGCCAUCAUUUUGGACCCUAGACUAUUUUAAGUUAUUGUGGCAAAGAGGGCACGGAGCGAAGAUUCUCUUAAGGACAAUUGUUUUUCUUUUCUCAUAAAACCUGUUAGAGUUGUAAUGCUAAAAACAAUUGGUUUACAGAAUAAGGACAAUUCUUCAUUUUUCACGAGAUUGUAUGCACCAUGUGGAAAGUAGAUCACUAGUCUCAUAAUAUUGAGUGGAAAAAAAACAGGCAGGAAUAAUUUUAGGGAUCUCACCUAUUUAAAGUUUUCACUUCAACAAUUCUGUUAGAAUGAGGAUGGAAGUGUUCAGUACUGAAAGCUCCACAGAUGAUAGACUGCCGUAGACAAUCAGUGUUCAACAGUUACAUCUAAUUUAAGUGAUUUUUUCCAUUUCAUUUUCAAGGAACGGAAACUGGCAAGCCACAAUUAUUGAACAUGUUGCAUUCAGAUCUGCUGCCUUGCAGUUGUUAAUCACAGCUGAGAAAACUCUGAACUUGGACCUUUCAGAAUCUUAAAAAAAAACCUCUGAAAAUACGAAAAUCUUAUCAGUUUAAUCCACACAUGGAAAAACAAUUCACAGUAGCACUGUGGUCAUGGAUGUACUGAUGGGAAUGCCCUUUGAUACAGCAAUACAAUACAAUAGCAGAGUUGGAAGGGACCUUGGAGAUCUUCUAGUCCAACCCCCUGCAGAUGGAUGAUUUGCCUUUGGAAUGUAGCUAUCAAUGAAAUCCAGGCAUGAAAUCCAGUUGCUUAGCAGUAUAUCACUUCCCAACACCUGUGUAUAAACCUUGGAUUGUCCCUCUUGUUUGUGCAUUACAACACCAACAUCAAUGGUUUUUUUUAUAUCUUAGUCUCAUAUCAUGCAAGCAAAUAGUUGAUUUGAGCCACAAUAAAGGCCCCAAGAACAGCUUAAGGAGAAUCCAUGGCAACUGUUAUUACUAAAUAAUGGUGGUAAUUGCCACUAAAAGAUCAGGGAUAGAUAUGUAUAUAAUAAAGUGUGUGUAUGUGAAAUAGAAUUGCUAUUGAUAUGGAAAUUUGGAUUUUUGUAAAGAUGAUAAUCUUAUUUUAGCAUCAUUUUGUUUAGUUUAAGGAAAUAGGUAAAUCCUUUAAUUUUUAAUGACUUAUUAAUUUUCAAAUUAAAUUAUGUGACUGAAGAAAAAAUAUGUAUUAAUACUUCCGUGU